GGAGCGGCGGCGGCGGCGGCGGCGGAGCUCAGACAAAGCCGCUCGCGGGGGUCGGUCGCAACGGCGAGGAUGGCCGCGAGCCGCCGCUGAGACCCCCCACCACCACCAUCCCCGGCCAGGGGUCUUUCCCGGGGGUCGCUCCUCUGGGCGGAGGAAGAAGGCAGAGCAAGCCCCCUACCCACUGCAGGGCUCCGGCGCUAAGAUGAGCCUCUUGGUGCCGAAGCCUCGCGCAGAGGGCCACGUGCCAAAAAGGCGACUGUGUUGUGAGAAAGCAUCAAAAGCGGGCGGCUCGACACCCAAGCGCCCGCGUCUGGACAAGCUUCCGGGGCCAUCACCCUGCCUCCAGCCCCUGCCUCAGUGCCCUCCUGCUGCAGAUCAGGGUUUGACCAUAACUCAGAUCGGCUCCUACAUCCUUCUGGAACCCACAGAAGGAGGAUGCGCCUACAGGGCUGUGAACAGACAAACCGAGGCAGAGCUCACUUGUAAGGUUUAUCCGGCCAAGAGCUACCCCGAGGUGAUGGCGCCCUACGCUGCUCUUCCCUCGCACCCCAACAUUGCCCGGGUGGCCGAGGUCAUCGUGGGGGACCAGAAUGUUUACGUCUUUUUUGAACCCGGGAAGGACAACAUGCACGACCUGGUGAGGCGGCGUAAGCGUGUGCCAGAGUCCGAGGCCGUCGCUCUUUUCCGACAAAUGGCCGAAGCCGUCGCCCAUUGUCACCAGCACGGCGUCGUCCUCCGAGACAUCAAACUGAGGAAGUUUGUCUUUGCGGAUCGAGAAAGGUCCAAGUUGCUCCUGGAGAACUUGGAAGAUGCUCAGGUCCUGCUGGGCCCCGAUGAUGCCUUGGUGGACAAGCACGGCUGUCCAGCUUACGUGGGUCCCGAAAUCCUGAGCUUCAAAGGCUCCUAUUCUGGAAAGGCGGCUGAUAUCUGGAGCCUAGGGGUGGUCCUUUACACACUGCUGGUGGGCUGCUACCCCUUCCAGGGCACCAAGCCCAUCUCAUUGUUUGGCAAGAUUUGUCGCGGACAUUUUACGGUUCCGGGCGACCUCUCGCCCAAGGCCCAGUGCCUUAUCCGCUGCCUCUUGCGAAAGGAUCCGGCUGAAAGGCUGACCGCUAGCGAGAUCCUGCUCCAUCCUUGGCUGGCUUCGAACCCAGUCCCCAAACCAUUGGGGGUCGGCCCCCCUGGAGGGCAGGGACUGGACCAAGUGGUUCCCAAAAUGGAGAGCUGCAGAAAGGAUUUGGAUAAAUUGCGAGGAGGGGACAGAUGAAGUGGCCUGGAAGGGAAGAAUGCGGAAGAAAGCACGCAAGCAUGUGGCAUUGAAAGCCAUAUCUUGGCUGCCUCGGAAGUGCCUUUUGGGGGACAAAUGACAUGUCACCUUUGCCCUUCCGUGGGGCAGGGGUCACUUUGUCCCAAAACAUGGGUAGAGAAGGGCUUCACCCCCUCUUCCUCCUUGUUCGUUCUCGCCUAUGCCAAAGAAACCUAGAGGAGUUUCGUCAAGCACCCGCAAGCUCUUAAAGAGGACUGUUUUUGCACUUUCAAUUUGGGAUCUGUAUUGCUGAUCUGGACAAGGACCCUGGAAGGAACCUGCUGGAAUGAUUGAUGGGAGAAAGAGAUGUAGCAUGGAUGAUGUUACGUAGUUUGGUAAUGAGACGUCUGCAAGUAAACUGCUAAGCUCGGAGAGCCCAAAGGACCCUGCAGUCCUCCUCCUCCUCCUUUUCUUCUUCCUUUUCCUCCUCCUCCUUCUUUUCCUCCUCCUCCUCCUCCUCUUCCUCCUCCUCCUUUUCUUCUUCCUUUUCCUCCUCCUCCUCUUCUUCUUUUCCUCCUCCUCCUCUUCUUCUUCCUUUUC